AUACCCCAAAUCAGUUAUGCUUCAACUGCACCAGAGCUAAGUGAUGACAGGCGCUAUGAUUUCUUCUCACGGGUGGUACCUCCAGAUUCCUUCCAAGCGCAGGCGAUGGUGGACAUCGUGAGAGCUUUGGGGUGGAAUUAUGUCUCCACAUUGGCUUCUGAAGGAAGUUAUGGAGAAAAAGGCAUGGAAUCUUUUAUACAAAUUUCCAGAGAGUCAG